AUGAGUCCGCUCUGCCUCUCUGCAGCCCUUCUCGUCCUUCUGGGCACCCUGGUGACCUGCACCCCAGCGGGUAAAAGCAGCAACCAGGCCCAAGCCCUAGAGCCUGACUUCUGCUUGGAGCCUCCAUACACGGGUCCCUGCAAAACCAAAAUCAUCAGGUACUUCUACAACACCAAGUCCAGGUUCUGUGAGACCUUUGUAUAUGACAGUCAUUGCACCUUCAAGAACAGCACCUUCAAGAUGGGGGAGGACUGUGUGAGGACCUGCGGUGGGGCCAUCAGGCCCUGGAAUAAGACAGGGGGCAGGGCACAAAACACGGUUGCUGCCCCCAGAGGACACGCCUUCCUCCAGUUCAGCUUCAGCCUGGACCGCAGUGCCAAGCAAACAGCAAGUGUCCAUCCAGUUGAGACGCUGUGGCACCGGUUACAGGAUGCUGGGAUAGGAAAAGCGCUGUCAGCCCCCAGCUUUCCUCCGAAGCCCUCCUGCAAGGCCACGAACAUGAGCCGGCUCUGCCUCUCCAUCGCCCUUCUCGUCCUCCUGGGCACCCUGGUGACCUGCACCCCGGGGGAUAAACACAAGAGCCAUGCCAGAGGCCCUCCCAUCUCAGCAGGUUCUCAGCCUGCCUUCUGCCUGGAGCCUCAUUACACGGGUCCCUGCAGGGCCCGGAAGAUCAGGUACUUCUACAAUGCCAAGUCCGGGCACUGUGACAUCUUUGUAUAUGGCGGCUGCCGAGGGAAGAAGAACAACUUCCUGACUGCAGAGAGCUGCAUGAAGACCUGCGGUGGUCAUGCGGGGACACGAGGGUAAGAAAGGAGGCGGGGCAGCGUGGGAGGGGAAGGGCUGGGGAAAGAGAUGGCGCUCAGGGGGCCAUGCACCAUUCACACCUGCACAGUGUCUUUCCUCCUCGCUGCCUCCCAGGAGAAGUGGCUGCGGUGUCUUGUGAAACCGCACACUGAGCACAUCCUCCACGGGCCAGCUUGGCAGAAGGUCAC